UUUGACGUAGCUCAAUGGCGCGCGAAAUUGUCAUGCAUUUCAGUAUCGACAUGUCUCGCUGACUCUGAGUUGGUCUUUAACUCGUAUUUGUUUUUGAAGCGCAGUGUUUUCAUAUUUCUUAUCUCUAUGGACGAGUGACAGUUCACGACACUGUCUUCGUGCUUUGUCGACAUUGUUUUGCAGCCGUUCGUCUCCUGUUGUGGAAAGAGCCGCUGAAGCUAAAGCCGGUUUAACACUGGCCCUGUUGCCGCAGUAUUUGAGGCUGUUUACGACGUGAAGGACUCUGUUUUACGUUCGUUUGUAAAGGAAUAUUGGAAUGACUUCACUGCUAGAGCAACCAGGAUAUGACGAAGAGAAGCUGCAGAUGGUGGCAGAGCAGCUGCUCUGCAGAGAGGACCAGGCUGGACUUCUGUUGUCUCUGAUGGGACAGCCCCAGCAGUACUGUUACCCUUCCAUCUUCAUCUACGGCCAUCAAGCCUCAGGGAAAAGUCAUGUGAUGCACGUUAUGCUGAAGGAGCUGGAGCUGCCUCAUGCCAUUAUCAGCUGUGUGGAAUGCGUCUCCAGUUCGUUGCUCUUCGAACUUGUGCUCUUCUCCUUUUUCGGCAGCGAGGCUUCAUCGCUUCUCCCUCGCUCUCCAUCGUUGUCUGACUUCGUACGCAUCUACAGACAGCAGUGCCUUCAGGCUCCUGCCACUCAGACCAGAUACAUUGUCAUGGAAAAAGCUGAGCUUCUGAGAGAUGCUGAUGCCAAUCUCCUGCCUGCUCUGCUGCGGCUUCAGGAGCUGGUGGAGGACAACGUCAGCGUCAUCCUGCUCAGUGAAAUCUCCUGGGACAAGUUCAGACCAAACACAGGCUGUUUCGAGCCACUGCUGCUCCAUUUUCCAGACUACAGUAAAGGUGAUUUGCAUCAGAUCUUGUCACAGGACAGUCAUCCAAAAUAUUCAGAUGAUUUCUACUCCUCCUACAUCAACAUACUGCUGGGAGUCUUCUACACAGUGUGUCGGGACCUGAGAGAGCUUCGCCAUCUGGUCAGACACACACACACACACACAGGCAGACAGAGACACACACAUUCUCAACAUAGUGAAGAUUUUACACAACACACACACACACACACAGAAGAUUUUACACUCCUGAAAGAGACCGACACACACAAGCUGUGGAGAAACAUCGAGCCUCAUUUGAAAAAGGCCAUGCAGACGGUUUAUCUCAGAGAAGUCUCCAGUGUUCAGUGGGAGCAGAUGCAGCAAAUGGAAGAGAAGGAAGCUGGAGCUUUGAGAGGUUUAUCCGCUCACACCCACGUUGAACUUCCGUAUUACUCAAAGUUCCUGCUGGUCGCUGCCUACUUGGCCUCGUACAACCCAGCCCGCACAGACAGGCGCUUCUUCCUCAAGCAUCAUGGCAAGAUAAAAAAAACAAACUUCUUGAAGAAAAACGAAAAGACGAGUAACCACCUACUGGGGCCCAAACCCUUUCCUCUGGACCGUCUGUUGGCCAUUUUCUACAGUGUAGUGGACAGUAGAGUCGCCCCCACCGCCAGUAUCUUCUCCCAGAUCUCCUCUUUAGUGACUUUACAACUGUUGACUCAGGUCAGUCACGACGACCAGCUCGAUGCCCCAAAGUACAAAUGUGCUGUUUCUCUGGACUUCAUCUGUGCCAUUUCCAGGACUGUGAACUUUGAAAUUGUCAAGUAUUUGUAUGACUUCCUGUGACCAUGGAGUGUGUGAAGUGACAACAUCAAGAUGGAGAAGAGAAGACAGAUUUAUUGGAAAAAAGAAAUGGGAAGAGGAGUGCACUUAAACAUGUCUGCCACAGUUUGUUAGGAUGUUUUUUGUUUGUUUGGUUAAACUACAUUAAAUUUAUGCUUUUGUAAUAAAUGAACACUCUUUUGUCUAUUUGUGUAAAUUAGCUAGUUACUAUUUAUUCAUGCUAUGCAUAGCCCUCAAUUUGUAGUAAAUGAAGAACAGCAAAGUUUAGCUACAUAAAUAAAAACAAAACAAA